AUGCAGUGGCUACUGAGUACAAUGUGCCUUAUCCAUGUAUUUGGAAAAAUAUUUUGUUUACUUGAACCAAACAAGAAUCCUGAAGCUCACAUGAAUGUUAGUGAGAUUAUUGAACACUGGGGAUAUCCAAGCGAAGAAUAUAAGGUUGUGACUGAUGAUGGUUACAUUCUUCCAAUUAACCACAUUCCUCAUGGGAAGAAUAAUGCUGAUAGUUCAGCCCCAAAGAUGGUAGUAUUUUGUCAACAUGGCUUGUUUUCAACUGCUGGUGUAUGGGUUUCCAAUCCUCCCAACAACAGCCUGGCCUUCAUCCUAGCAGAUGCUGGAUAUGAUGUGUGGUUGGGAAACAGCAGAGGAAGUACCUGGGCAAAAGAACAUGUGACUCUCAAUGCAGAUUCUAAAGAAUUCUGGGCUUUUAGUUUUGAUCAAAUGAUAACAUAUGACCUUCCGGCUACUAUUAAUUUCAUUCUGGAGAAAACAGGACAAAAGCAGAUUUACUAUAUUGGCCAUUCUCAAGGAACACUUAUUGCUCUGGGAGCAUUUUCAACAAAUCAAGAACUGGCUGAAAAGAUUAAACUCAGCAUUUUAAUAGCUCCAAUUGAGACAGUUAAACAUGUCGAAGGUUCUGGGCGUCUUCCAGCUUAUUACUCUCCAAUGGAAUUCAAGCUCCUUUUUGGUAAAAAAGAAUUUUUACCUACUGUGGCUUUCAGUGAGCUGUCUCCAGUUGCAUGCAAUAUUAAGUUGGUCGAUUCUGGAUGUGCUGCUGUACUGGGAUCACUGACUGGGUAUUCUGAAGGGCAGUUAAAUAAGAGUCGUGUUGAUGUGUACAUAACACACAGUCUAGCAGGAACAUCAGUUCAAAUUCUUACACACUAUGGUCAGGCAAUUAGAAGUGGUGUGUUUCAAGCUUAUGACUGGGGAAGUCCAUCUCUGAAUAUGCAGCACUACAAUCAGACUACUCCUCCAGUAUACAAUGUGGAAGACAUGAAGGUUCCAACUGCCAUGUUUAGUGGUCUUAAAGAUUUUUUGUCUAACCCAGAAGAUGUAGCAAAUUUGGUACCUAAAAUCUCCAGCCUCACAUACCAUAAGACUAUUUCUGAUUUUAGCCAUCUUGAUUUUAUAGUGGGAUUAAAUGCCAAGGAAGAGGUUUCUGAGGAAAUUUUAACAAUGCUUGGGAAAUAUGAUAGUGAUGUUUAG